GGAAUAUUUAGAUGGUUGAGUUUAGCCGAGGAGACCUGGUCUGGUUUGAUCCAGGGAUUGGAUAUGUUCUGCCAGGGGAGGUAUUGGAGUACCAUAAACAGGCCCAGGUGAUAACUGUUCAGGCUUUAAUCAAUAAUGUGAACAAGACCUUCACCUUGAACAAUACCAGCUCGGUUCGAAGUCGACAAGAUCUGGGAAAGACUGGAGUAGAGGAUAUGAUUCAGUUGAAUGAUCUGAACGAGGCGAGCCUUCUUUGGAACCUCAGACUUAGGUAUGAUGCUGGUCUGAUCUACACCUAUACUGGAAGUAUUCUAGUAGCGGUCAAUCCUUACAGAAUGUUUGAUAUCUACGGCCUGGAUACGGUUUCUUAUUAUGAGAAUAAGAUUCUUGGAACCCUGCCUCCUCAUCUAUUCGCAGUAGGUGCCUCGGCGUAUUCCCGAAUGUCGUCGUUGGAAGAGAACCAGGUUGUUGUUAUCUCUGGAGAGAGCGGUGCAGGGAAAACUGAGAGUACCAAACUUAUAAUGCAGUAUCUGGCAGCUGUAAAUAAGUCCUCAUCUAAUCUAAUAACAGAACAGAUUCUAGAAGCUUCUCCACUUCUAGAGAGCUUCGGGAAUGCUAAAACUGUCAGAAAUGAUAACAGUUCAAGGUUUGGAAAAUAUCAAGAAGUUUUCUUUAAAGAUGGAGUUAUCACAGGAGCAAAAAUCAAUGAGUAUUUGUUGGAGAAAUCUCGAAUUGUCACGCAUGCGCCGGAAGAGCGGAAUUACCACGUGUUUUAUGAACUUUUGGCGGGAUUAACCGAAGACCAGAAGCAAAAAUACGGGCUCAUGUCAGCUGAGAAAUACUUCUAUUUAAACCAGGGAGGUAGCUGUACCAUUGAUGGUAAAUUGGAUCAUGAAGAUUUCCAAAACCUGAUGUCAGCAAUGCAGGUGCUCGGGUUUACUAGCGAGGAGCAGGAUGUUAUCUUUAAGAUUAUUUCAUCAAUUCUUCAUCUGGGAAAUGUUUAUUUCAUCAGAAAGCAACUGAAGCAUGGUGGUGAAGGUGUAGAGGUUGGGUCUGAUGUAGAGAUCAAGUGGGCAGCUCAUCUACUUAACCUCAACAUGAACGGGAUUAUUGCUGCCCUCACUUUGAAAACCUCCGAGAUAAAAGGAGAAAACGUGAAUAUUCCGCUCAAUAUAGAUCAGGCUCUAGAUGCUCGUGACGCGAUAUCUAAAGCCCUGUACUCCUCCUUGUUUACCUGGUUGGUCUCCAGGCUCAAUAAGAUCAUCUCCGGAAAGAGCUCCAGGAGGUCCCUCAAGAACACCAUCUCAAUCCUUGACAUUUUCGGGUUCGAGGAUUUCCGUGAGAACAGUUUUGAACAGCUGUGCAUCAACUACGCGAAUGAGAGUCUCCACUAUUUCUUCAAUAAACAUAUCUUUAAGAUUGAACAGGCUGAGUAUAGUAAGGAGAAGAUAGAAUGGACUCCUAUUUCAUACAUUGAUAAUCAGGCGAUAAUUCAUAUGUUGAAUAAGAAACCUGUUGGAAUUUUUCAUCUACUGGAUGAUGAAUCUAAUUUUCCUAAGGCUUCAGAUCUAUCUUUCCUGGAGAAAUGUCACUAUAACCAUGCUUUGGACGAACUGUAUUCAAGACCUAGAAUGAACUCCCUUGAGUUUGGAAUUAAGCACUACGCCGGUCAGGUCUGGUACUCUGUAGACGGGUUCCUAGAUAAGAACAGGGAUACACUCAGAUAUGAUGUGAUGGGGUUAUUGAUCAGCUCCAGGGAGAAGAUGAUCAGCAAGAUGUUCCAGGAUCUCAGGAACUUCCAUGAGUCCAGCAAGACACUGAACAAACCGAACGGACAGUUUGUUACGAUGAAACCUAGAACAGCCACGGUAGCUGCUAGGUUUCAUGAUUCUCUACAUACCCUCCUAGGGACCAUGGCAGUAGCAAACCCAUUCUUUGUUCGAUGCAUUAAGCCGAACAAUGACAAAUGUCCAAUGAAGUUUGACAUGCCUGUGGUCCUGGAGCAGCUGAGGUAUACAGGCAUGCUUGAAACUAUUAAGAUGCGAAAGCUGGGUUACCCUGUCCGUAAGAAGUACUCUGCAUUCGCCGCCCGGUAUCGAUGCUUAGUGGCCGGUCGGUUGCCACGUGGUGCGCCGACGAAGGAGAUCGGUAGAUACAUUCUAGACCAGGAUCCGGUAGAGAGAGAUAACUUCCAGCUGGGGAGCACCAAGAUCUUCAUGAGAGAGACCCUGGAGCAGAAGCUGGAGAAGAGAAGGUUAGAUCUGUUCUCCAUCAUGGUAGUUAAGCUUCAGAGACAUGCUCGAGGAUAUAUUGCUCGGAAAAGGUUUAACACAAUGCGUCGUAACGCACUGAUUAUUCAGAAAACGUACCGAGGCUGGAGGGUUAGAAAACAGUACACUAAGGUUAGAUCUGGAAUUGUGAAGCUCCAAGCUACCUACAAGAUGAAGAAACAGAAGAGUCUAUAUGGUGAGAUGUUGGUGCAAGCUGAAACGGAGAAGCGUGCUAAAGAACUCGCCAUGGAGCGAGCAAAGAAGAACGAACUAGCAGGAGAGAGAAAUCAUCUACGAGCAGUGGCUGGUGUAAACCAUCUAGAGAUCCCUGCAGAACUUGCAUUUGUGUUCAGUAAACUAGACAACUGGACGCCAGUCAACAGUGAGAAAAAUCUUGCUAAGGUUUCAGGAAGAAUUCCUAAGAUAAAAUCCAACCAUACCCUUCCCAACGAUCUGGACUACUAUGUCUUCUCUAAGGUUGCCAAUGUGUACUUCAAGUCUCAUCUCUGGCAGAUGAGAAAGGAGCCCAUCAAGACUCCAUUCCUGUCUAAAUCAAAGGAAAGUGACUACCAGGAGUCCCUUGCAAUCUUUAAACUCAUUCUUAGAUUCAUGAACGAUUCUACUCUGAAUGGUCAGAGAGAGAAGAUUCUAGGAGACUAUAUCAUCAACAAAGGAAUACGGAAUGAGAAACUCAGAGAUGAGAUAUUCUGUCAACUUGCGAACCAGACCUGGAAGAAUGACAAUGAGGCGAAUGCAGAGAGGGGUUGGUUACUUAUGGCCAACUGCUUAUCUGCCUUCUCCCCCUCAAGAACUCUGUACAAGUAUCUUCUCAAGUAUGUCUCUGACCAUGCCUAUAAUGGUUUCAAGUAUACCUGUCAGAACAAGAUGCUAAAAUCUGCCAAGCUUGAUCAUCAUACAGCUAGAUGCUUCCCUCCAACUGUACUAGAGUGGAGGGCCAAUAAGAAGAGAGUUAACAUGGCAAUGGAGGUGGCUUGUCAUGAUGGAGAAUCUAAUCAUGUUCCAAUAGAGUCUAUGAGUACAGCUCACAACUUCGCUGCUGCUGUUCUGAAAGACCGCGGUGUGCCUGAGUGCUAUGGUUGGACUGUAUCUAUGGAGGAUGGUGAGGAACUUGUUGAACUCAACGGAGAUGACUUUGUUCUGGAUGUUAUUGGAGAGCUAGAGUUACCUCCGGCAUUCCCGGGAAUCAAUAAUCCAUUCCUGGUCUCUCAUGAUAGAAGCAGAGGUCAAGUCCCGCUUACAAUUGAUACCAAUGGACGUCAGUACAGGCAUUCCUCCAGUCCAAGGGGACAGAAACCUCCUCGGCACCAGAGAUCUAAAUCCCAAGACCGUUUGCUGGCCAUGCCGCAGGACAGCAAAGAUUUUGGUCUGUCUAGCUCUGCGCUCAAUGAACGCUACUUCAGUGAUGCCAAGUCUACCCGGAGCAAAUCUUUGGACAAUUUGCUCCCAGCAGAAAAAAACUUUUUCGGGUUGAGUGAGAGCAAACUGAAUCAGAGAUACUUGUCUCAGGGACCCCAGUUUUUCUCCCGCGAGGACGAAGAAAGUAUCCACCUAGAGAGUAUAUCUCAGAGAGGUGGCAAGGUUGAAAACUGGGAUGAUAUCGGACUGUCCAACAACCCACUAAAUGAUAGAUAUUUCAGCCAGCCUGAACUAAGUAAUAGACCUAGAAGCCGAGGAAAUAGUGCGGAUAUUGAGUCUGCUAAACUACCAAGAAGGUCUAGCACACGCGAGGAGAAACUUGAGAUAGAUCUAGAACAGUUUGAAUAUCCCAGGGAAAGAAGUGAGAUUCGUCGUGUUGGUAAUCCCCGCUUCCUCAAGGCCAAUAAUGCGCACAGGCGUCGGGAUGGUGUUCGGUCAUCUGCCAUGUCCGACACCUCCGAGACCCCAUCUCUGGCCUCACACGUUCGUCGUGUUCGUGUCCCUAGCCAGGCAUCAGACGUGGAUCAGUUCCUUGACGACCUCUUCAUGCCCGUUCUGGACGGAAACAUUGACGAUGGAUUAUCUGAUGCAAGGUCUCUUGCAGCCUCGAUGCGCGGAGGAGGUUCGGAUGAGAAUGAAUCUGUCUCUGAGAAACAGGCAUCCUCUAUCCUAGAAUUUAGCAGGGUUGGAUCUAUCCGAAGAAAAUCAGUUCUCAACCAAGAUUCUGGAGAAGACGACAUUUAUUCUCCUCAUCCCGUAACCCUAGUUUCAAGGAUAAUGGGAGGAGGAAGUCCUUCUCCCGCCGAGCAGGCCGCCAAGCCUAGUGAUUUUACACCGAUGACAAGCUCAGCAAUGGGAUUCCAUCCUAUUCCUGGCGUAAUAUCUCCCCAUCCUGGGAUGAUAUCUCCUCCUCCGAUGAUAAUGCCGACUCCGAUCAGUUCCUCCGGAUUCUUUUCUCUGGGUUCAAAUCUACCAGGAGUACCUCAGGGGCUAACAUCCCCUCUCCUUAUGCAGGCCCAGGACCCCUCCAACCAACAGCCGCCUGCAAUGGCGUUCACCUAUGUACCUGUCCCUGUUUACUCACUUGGGGGUAUGCAAAUCACAGGGAUGCCGGGAAUGCCCGGAAUGCCCGGAAUGCCAGGCAUGCCAGGAAUGCAGGGUAUGAGUGGAUUCCCGAGCUUUUCAAGUUUGGGAGCAAAUCCUCUUGGAGCAACUCAGGGGGCAACAUCUCCCAGAGCAGACCAGCAACAACAACAACAACCAGCAGGGACCUCAACACCCUUGUCCCCUGGGGUAAAUGCAAGUGUUGAUUCCCAGCUGGCAUAUCAAACCAGUUUUCUGCAGAAUGCUGUUGCUCAGAAUAUGCAGAUUCAACAACAGCUGCUUGUACAGAAUCAGGCUCUGACUCAGCUAUUGCAGCAAACAAGUAACAUGACUCUGAUCAGCAGUGCAUCUCCAGAUCCCAAAUAUUCAGGAGGCUCAGGAGCACCCCAGAAAACAUCAACUCCAGUUAAACCAGCUCCAGUUUAUUUUGGAAUGGAACAGCAGUCAUUUGAGAUGCAGUUGGAGCAACACAGGAGAGCAUCAGAGAUAGUUAGUUCUAGCGGACAGGCUGGAGUAGAUCUGAAACCUCGGUCUAAAACUGCUCCGAAUACCCCGAAAACCUCGACAAACAUUCCUCCUCAAGCUCCACCUUUACCUGGGGGUCCAAUGGAUGCGUAUUCAAGGGCCCGAACUGUUCGAAUUGGAAAAUGGCGCUGGCCGCCUCCACAGGAAGAUCUGGAUGCAACUGCAGAAGGAUUCUUCCAAUUUAAGAUGAGAAAAAUGAGACAAAAGGAGAGUGAGAACCAGGAGUUUAGGAAUGAAGGACAGGAAAUGACAGAAGAGAUGCAGCGUCUAGAAUGGGUAGAAUUUAACGAGGAACUAAAAAGAACUCAAAACCAGGGUCUACCUGACCAACAAAAUGAAGAUGGACAAGGAAAAGGAUCUGUUGGAAAGCUGAAGCUAAGCAACAUGAUGAAAGAGAAGCUUGAGGCAGCCAUGGGGUCCAGGAAGUCCAGUAUGAGAUCCAAUAAGUCCAGGUCGGACCUGGACCUAUCUCCCGAAGGGUUGGACCAACCGGACGAGGGUGUCAAAAAACUAAAUGAAAACAGGAAACUUAUUCUGGAACAGAAACUUGGAGGAGGGAAACUUAAAAAGUGGGAGAAUAUUGAUCAGGGAUUGCACCGCGCUUCCGAGGAGCCUCCGAGCCGUAAAUCUUCUUUUGAAAAGAGGGCGGGGAUACCUAUCCCGCCCCCACCCCCUGUAGCCCCCUCACUUUCCCGUCCUCUUCAUGUUGAUACUGGGAACAGAGGUUCCGCCUCUCCUAUGUCUAGCUUCUACUCACCAGGUGGAUCAACUCCUGUUAUUCCAGAUUCCAGGAAGCCCAUCCCACCUCCACUCCCUCCAGGUCUACCCGGAGAUGUAGAUAUGUUCCGGGAUAGAAGAGGAUCUGUAUCAACACAGCAGACGGAGAGAACGGAGAGGUUUGAACUUGAAGAGAGCUCAGAGUUCCUUAAUCCUGUGGAUAGAUCAAACUUUGCUGAUGAUCUGGAUUAUCAGGCUCUGGAGGAUAUUAAGACUAGGUUACACACCCCGACCUCUGGAACUCAUUUCUCCUACAACCGUGUUCCCUGGAAGCUCAAGAUUAGGAAGGAAGUUUUCUCUCCGGGAGAACAAAUCUCCAGUUCUCAGGCAAUACACUUGGUGUUCUGUCAAAUAGUUUAUGACGUGUACAGUCCCCUAUGUAUCCGAUUGAACCCUGGCGAGCGAAGGAAGCUAAUGAGUACUCUACAGAAACAUGAAAUUGAUCCAAACAAUAUGCACAGUUCCCAGCACAAGAAUUCCACAAAAAAGACGAUUAUAAACCUUGUCAAGGAUUUCUCCACAUACUUUGCUAGAAUAUAUCCAGUAUCAGCUAAUAUCCAGGACCCUGAGUUUCAAUACUUGGCAGUCUCCCACAUUGGAGUUAAACUACUCAGGAGGGAGAAGAGUCUUCCUACAGAUUACCUCAAGGUUGUUGAUUUCUUCAAGUUUGAAGAUAUUGGCGAGACAAGUCGGAUUAAAACUACAGGAUUACAGUUGAUAAUGCAUACUGGAGGCAGGCUACUCGUACAAACUAAUAAAGCAGGUGCAAUAAAAGACCUGAUUCAGCAGUUCAGUCUAGAAGCACGGUCAGGACAGUACGAAUACUCCAGAGCACUUGCGGAUUUUACAUCCCGUGAUGAAAAUGCGCUAAACCUCCGAAAAGGGGAUAUAGUCGCGGUAGUGCGCAAAGACGACCCAUACACUCAACGUGGGUGGCUCUAUGGCAUCAAGGAAGGCCAGUACGGACUCUUCCCAGCUGAUUAUGUGGAGAAGCUUUCUCCAAACUCGAUCAGACGCGAGAUUAAACUGAUCAGUAGAAUUGGACAGAACAGCAAGAGACUUGAAUCUCGAGAUAUUCAUCUCUCAGCAGAGAGCCCCUACGAGGAGGCACAGAGCCCACAUAAUACUAGUGGGGAGGAUGGGUGGGGCAGUAGGGGAAGCAGGAAGGAUGAGGAUGAUGAGGAUGAAGAUGAGGAGGAUGAGGAGGAAGGAUGGGGAAGGAAGAGAGACUCUUUUGAAAACGGAGAUAUCAGUGAUGUCAGCAUCAGCGCAGCGCAGGUUUCCAACGAUGGUAAGCACCCCCUCCUAGAGUUUGCAAUGAGCUUCUUCAGAGAAUCAAACUUCGAGAUACCCGGGGAGGGAGGCAAGGAGAAGAAGAAGAAGAAAAAGAAAGGGAAGACGACAGAUUGGACCUGGAAAGAGCAGGUUGAGCUGGUAAAAUGGACGGACAAAUGUAUAGAAAACUCCUUGCUAAGACUUGAACCUGCAGAUUUGAAUAAAAUUGCUCUUGAAUGCUUUGCCAGUAUUAUGAGAUAUAUGGGAGAUCUAGAACUGUUGAAGAACCAACAUGAGGUUGAUUGUGCUCUAACUGUCCUUGGAUACUGUUACAAGUUCGAUAGUUUAAAGGACGAAGUGUACUGCCAGAUAAUGAAGCAAACAACAAACAAUAAAUCCCGACAGCCGGACAGUUGUCAGAAGGGAUGGAGACUCUUUUCUAUCAUAGCGUCGUAUUUUACCUGUUCUGAUCUGCUGAAACCGUUCCUGUUUAAAUACCUAGAAACAGCAGCUUAUGACAAGCGGCGAGCAUAUCAUGGAACAGCUCUGGUCUGUCUUCAUAAUCUCAGGAAAACUUUUAAAUAUGGCGGCCGCAAGAUGGCGCCCAGCAUUGACGAGAUCACCGCCAUUUCCGCGGGAAGGAACAGCAAACGACAGAUCUAUCGGCUCCCGGGAGGAACUGAAAGAGUAAUCAACACUAAAUCAACAACAGUAGUUGAAGACAUUGUUGAGGACUUCUGUAAAGUGAUAGGUGUGACUACACUGACGGAGAGAGAAGAAUUCUCCUUGUUCUGUAUUAUUGAAGGACAACCCUUCACAAGGCCUUUAUAUAAGGACCAGUAUAUACUUGAUGUAACAACGGAUUUGAUGAAGCAAGGAGCAAUAUUUUAUCUGGUUUUCUGUAGAUCUGUCUGGCAAUAUCCUCUUAGGUUGGAUAACAAGCUGUAUAUCGAGGUAGUGUUUAACCAGAUAGCUCCAGAUUAUCUGGAGGGAUUACUACUCAUCAUGCCUGGGGAACAGAUAGAUCAGGAAAUAGUUUAUCAGGUUGCUAAAGUUGCUGCUCUUCUCCAUAAAGCAGCUGACAUGGAUCAUAUGCCAACUCUCAAGGAAACUAAAUUCCUGCUGCCUAAACCAGCGUUAUCAGCUCGAGAUAUCAAACCUCCACAGUGGGUCAACAUGGUUCAAGGAAGCUGGCAAGAGGUCCAGGAUCUAAGUUCUAGCAGAGCCAAGGCUAAAGUUCUUGAAAUCCUGUCUCAAUGGCAACUCUUCGGGUCAAGUUUCUUUGCUGUAAGUAUUGUUUUAAAUUAAGAAGAAUGUGGUGGUUAUCAUAACAAGUGGAGAAUAUGGUGGUUAUCAUAACAAUGUGAGAAUGCUUUACGCACUGAGAAGAUAAAAAGAUAUUAACAGGGUUACCCACACAAAAAGGUAGACUUUAAUGAAAAUCGAAAACUACCACGGUCUGAGGGGUAAAUUCUGCAUUAGAAAGAAACUUGUUAGAGCAUAUAUUUGUCUAAGAUGUGAUUUUAGUUUAAUGCUACAGGGAAUCAGUAAUUUAAAACUUAGGACUGAAUUAAAUCUGUAGUCUAGACUAUAAAGUUGCAUUCUUCGCCGGUAACCCUGUUUAUUCGAAAUUAUAAAGAUAGAAACAAGCAUGCACAUGUUUAAAAAACUUCUGGUGUUUCUUAAGUUCAAGAAGUGCAUACAAAAUGCAAAGAA